CUGAAGAUCAACGAGAAGUCGACCUCCGUCGUCGUCAUUGCGAAUGAGACAAGGGAGAGGACCCUAGGAAAAGUAAAAGAGGUAAGUAUAAUGGUGCAAGGAGUAACCAUUCCCGUGACGCUAAGGGUCAUAGAGUUCAGAAAUGAGACAUAUCGAGGGGAAGAACUGGAGGUACCGAUCUCACACAACGACAUAGAGGGGUUGGCGCGGCCCGACGAAUUGGAAGUAAGUGAUGACAAGAAUGAAGAUACCUUCGACGAGUUGGAGUAUGAGAGCGAGGACGUAGAAGAGGAGGAAGGGUAUUAUACAGGAGAACGGUCCGAAAAGGAAGAAACAAUAGACAAAAGGAUUCCGAGCCCAGCGGUAUAUCUGACUAUCCUAGAGGAGAUAUCAACGUUGGAAGACGACGAGGAAUAUGAGGACGAGAAACCGAGGAUGGACCUGAUUGGCUUGACAGAAAAGGAACGAGAAGACGCAGAGAAAUGGGAAAGUAGCACCACCGGCGGGGAGGCAGGAAGUCGAGAUGAAGAGUUUGACUUAUCUGGACCGCUGAACGAGGACUUAACUUAUCAGAAUGACGUGGAGGGUGCCACUAAUCUUGAUUCGCUCAACCACCAUCGUAGAAUCUGA